UGGGCGCCCAAUCCAGCCCAGUCUACUACAUUUUAAACCAAUUUCAAAAAUAUCUUUUCCUUCUUAAUUUAUUUACCAAACAAUUUGUUUGAGCCCGACACAGAACAAUUUGGGACAGGUAUGAAUCAAACUUGAAAUUAUAGCUUAUAUAAAUCAUGAAAAUUUGGCACGACGAAUCAUUUUCAUGUAGUUUGGAAAAAAUCAAAAUUUUAAAAACAGAAAAAAGUUGAUGUCAAAAAAAAACACAGAAAAAAUGUUGUAAAAAUCAAACAUCAAACAGAGAAUGUUGCGGUUGAGGCCUGUGAUAUGACAGGGUGUACACAUGUGAGUGACCCCCACCACCGUUAUGUAGAGCAUUUAGGUUCACACUGCUUCUUUCAUUUCUCAAUUUUUUUUUUGAAUUUGUUAUAUAAUUUCUUUUUUCAAAACCAAAAUUAGGAUAAUUUAGGAUUAAUAUCCCUCGAAUCCAUUAUCCAUUUAAUCCUAACUGUGUCGUUUUCUCUUCUUCAAACACUUGAAAUAAAUGUUUAUUUUUCUUUUCUUUAAACAACCAAUACCUUCCUUCUUCUCCAAGAAAAGGACAAAACUAUAAUCUUCCUUUUCUAAAAAAAAACAAAUACUAAAAUUAACUGUUUUAGUUAGAUACAUAAUAAUUGUUAUGAGCAACUUGCAUGAGACAUAAUCAUACAAUAGAUUAUAAUAAUUAACAUGCCAGUUCCCAUUUAAAACUUCUGUUAAUCCUACUAAUAAAUACGCACUAAUGUUGGUUUGAACCAAUCAAAGAAAACUUCACAUGAGAGAAACUAAUCUUAUAACAAGACCAUUUGAAUAAUUAAACAUGAUUUGUGAGGAUGUUUUAUUCAUUUCAUAUUGGAUGAGAACGAGAUGAAAUGAUAAGUUAUGGACUUCUUUAAAAACAUUUCGUCGUUUAUCAUCACGAAUUGAAUAGAAGAGUUGUGAUUCUUUGUCUCUUUCCUUGUCUAGUGAGAGAGAGUAUACAGACCCUCGAAUGUCAUAUCACAGGACCUUCCAUUAACCCUUUUUAUAAUCUCUCUCUCUUUUCUCUUCUCUCUCUCACUCUGGUUUGGUCUUGGCUAUGGUGGUGAAUAGUCAAGCUUUCUUGUUAGCAUUAAUUGCAUUACUUGGAACCCAAUUGUCUUCACUAAUGGCUGCAGAUUGUCCACUAGAUUUCACUUCAUCAAACUUCACUCUAGUAGCUUCCGUCUGCUCCAACAUAACCAACAGAGGCAAAUGCUGCCGCUACAUGAACGCUUUCGUCGCCAUAUCCGUGGCUCGUUACGCUAACAUAUCAAACAAUCUCGGAGUCACAUCGGAUCUAUCCGAAACCUGCGUUGCCUCCAUCUCCAAAACAAUGGAGCUCUACGGAGUCUCUAGAAACGCGACUAGUUUCUGCGGGUUAGGAACAAAGAUCCUCGUCACGUACAGCUGCGAAGGUCGGACCACUGUAACGCAAAUGCACCAGUCUCCAACGUUCGGACACGUUACAAGAAACUGCAGGGGCCCGCUUUCUCCGGUUAACCAAUGCAGGAAGUGUUUGAACUCUGGUAUCACUUACCUUCGUAAUCUAGUUGGUGCGGAGACUAAUAACGUUACUCUGAGUACUUGUCGUGAUGCGACUUACGCUACACUAGCGAGCCGUAUGGACGAUGCUUCGGCUCUUGAGCUGCUUGGUUGUUUCUUUCAAGUGACAGAGCUUAGUGUUGUCCCUUCAGUCUCAUUUCCACCUAUGGAGAGUCCAGGACCGUCUCCAAGCGUGGUUGAUGCUGAUGUCCCAAGCAAGAGUGAUUCUCCAAUGACUUCUUCAAGUGAAAGCAACAAUCCAUAUCACUUAACAUUGCUUCCAACCAUUGGGAUUGUUGUUACGGCUGUUUCUCUUACAAUGCUAGUGGUUCUGGUGAUUCUUAUACGUAGAAAGAACCGGGAACUCGAUGAAUCCGAGAGUUUGGAAAGAAAAUCAGCAAAGACACUUCCUUCUCCCCGCCCUGUAUUCAAGAUUCAUCAAGAUGAUUCUUCUCCUUUCCAAAAGUUCAGCUACAAAGAAAUGCGAAACGCAACGAAUGAAUUCAAGACGGUGAUUGGUCAUGGAGGUUUUGGGACUGUUUACAAAGCCGAGUUCAGCGAUGGAUUGGUUGCAGCUGUAAAAAGAAUGGACAAAGCCUCUGAACAAUCUAAACAAGAUUUCUGCAGAGAGAUAGAGCUUUUAGCUAAGCUUCAUCACCGUAACCUCGUUGCCUUGAAAGGCUUUUGCAUUGAAAAGAAAGAAAGGUUCCUCAUUUACGAGUAUAUGGAAAAUGGCAGCUUAAAAGAUCAUCUACAUUCUACAGAGAAGCCUCCACUUAGUUGGGAAACAAGAAUGAAAAUAGCUAUUGAUGUGGCUAAUGCUUUGGAAUAUCUUCAUUUCUACUGUGAUCCACCUCUCUGCCACAGAGACAUUAAAUCAAGCAAUAUACUACUGGAUGAUAAAUUUGUAGCUAAACUUUCAGAUUUUGGCCUUGCACAUUCGUCUAGAGAUGGAUCUGUUUGUUUUGAGCCUGUGAAUACUGAUAUUCAUGGAACUCCAGGUUAUGUAGAUCCAGAGUAUGUGGUGACACAAGAGCUGACAGAGAAGAGUGAUGUGUACAGCUACGGAGUUGUGUUGCUGGAGAUCAUUACGGGAAGAAGAGCUGUUGAUGAAGGUAGGAACCUUGUUGAAACGUCUCAGCGGUUUCUAGUGACUAAAUCAAGACACAAGGAUCUAGUAGACCCAAGAAUCAAAGACUCCAUUGAUGAUGAUGGAGAGAGACAGCUUGAAGCUGUUGUGACGGUUGUGAGAAUGUGUACUGAGAAAGAAGGCAGGUCUAGGCCAUCGAUUAAGCAAGUGUUGAGGAUGCUGUGUGAAAGCUAUGAUCCGUUGCAUAGCGGAUUUGCUAAAGCUGUUGAUGAAGAGGUGGGACAAGAUACUAUGCAGAGAACCGUUUUGAGGUUUCAAAGAAGCAAUAAUAACCGAUUCAUUGGUGGUUCAUCGUCGUCCAAGUCGCUUUGCAGCCAGAGUGUGCCUCACUCUCCAGUAAAUGGACUCUCUUUCUGAGUUAAAUCUUUAAGUUUCACAUAUAAAUAUAACAUUUAUGAAUUCAUAUUGAAACGCUCUCUCAUACUCUUCACUCUUUUAAGUAGAUUCAGUUCAAAAGA